AUGUUCUGUUUGUGUCCUGACGGUUUCGAGGGGACAAUCUGUGAGACAGUGACAGGUGGUGAAUGUUACGAUGGUGUUGGACUGUACUACAGAGGCAAAGUGUCCAAAUCAGAGAGUGGACGAACAUGUGUGGAGUGGGACUCAGACACCAGGCAGCGGUACAUGUCUUCAGAUGUCAACUCAGGGAGGCACAACUACUGCAGGAAUCUUCACUACAAACGGCGUCCGUGGUGUUACGUGUGGAAAAGACAGAAGCUGAUGUGGGAGUAUUGUGGUAUUCCACGUUGUGGUUCCGACUCGCCUCCUGCCCCACCCACGCCUGCACCCACUGAGCCAGAGCCAGCUGCAGAGUCCGCAUGUGGCCAGCGCUCCAGGAGAAAGCUCAUGAAGAUCGUGGGAGGAACAGUUGCCACUGUGGAAUCCCACCCGUGGGUUGCUGCCAUAUUUUGGCGCAGCAAAACCAAGGAGAAGAUUUUCCGCUGCGGGGGGAGUCUGAUCUCAAACUGCUGGGUCCUCUCAGCUGCCCACUGCUUCCCUGACAGCUCCCACAACAAGCCGCGCCGCUUCUCCGUCGUCCUGGGGAAGAACGUGAUGAAUGAGACGGACCACGCUGUGGAGCAAACAUUCAAGGUGGAAAAAGUCAUCGUCCACGACGGGUUCGACAACAGUGAUGGAGACUACAACAACGACAUCGCCCUGCUGAAGCUGAAGGGUAAAAAUGGGAGGUGUGCAAAGGAGACCAAGUCUGUGAGGACUGUCUGUCUGCCGCCGCCUCAGCAGAGACUCCAGGCUGGAGCCACCUGUGAAAUCGCUGGAUAUGGGAAAGAAAAACACGGUUUGUGGUAUAAGUCUCAGUUCCUCAGAGAAACUCAGGUAAACAUUCUCGCAGAUGAUGUCUGUCGACAGGAGGACUAUUAUGGAAACUUGAUCAGUGAUAACAUGUUUUGUGCCGGUCGCCCCGACUGGAGUCAGGACGCCUGCGAGGGAGACUCAGGAGGGCCUCUGGUGUGCCAGGUCGGCAGCAGGCUCUUCCUGUUCGGAGUCAUCAGCUGGGGGGACGGCUGUGCAAAGGAGAAUCGACCGGGCGUUUACACCACAGUGACCAAUUACAACCAAUGGAUAGCAGAGAAGACGGGGCUGCCGUCCAUCGCUGCCGGCUACAUGUUCCCUCAGAAGUGA